AUGUCUUCAAACACUUGGAAUCGGCUCAUCCGCUUUGUCGAUGACAACGGUAACGAAACCUUUGGGGAUCCGGAAAUUCAGAACGACAAGGAUUUUGCCGAGCGUCUGGCCAAUAACGACCUAUGGGCUAUUGAGUACAAGGGGCAAAGUCCUGUGUCCCAACUCGUCAAGGGCGAGAGAAUCCACGUCAAGGCUGUCCGAGAGCUACUUCGAUCAUCCGAUGUGCCUAUCAUCCGAUGCAUCGGACUGAACUAUAUCAAGCAUAUCAAGGAGGGUGGUCGAACUCCACCGCCUUAUCCAUCAUUGUUCAUUAAACCUUCAACCUCAAUUGCUGGUUUUGACGAAGAUGUCCCUAUUCCUAAGAUUGCCCAGGAUGGCACAAUAGAUUACGAGGGAGAACUUGGCAUCAUCAUCGGCAAGUCCGGCAAGAACAUCUCCAAAGAGGACGCUCUAUCAUAUGUAGCGGGCUACGUUGUAUCCUAUGACAUAUCAGCACGAGCAUGGCAGCGAGACCCUAAAAAAGCAGGCGGCGUUCCCCAGUGGUGCUUUAGUAAAGGUUUUGACAAGUUUGCCCCCAUUGGACCUCUUCUUGUGUCUCCGGCUGUCGUUGGCAAACCCUGUAGUAAUAGAACAGUUAUGGCGAGUACAAUUCUGCCGUUUAUCUCUAAAGCGAGUCAGGUUCCUUGA